AUGACUACCGUUUCCUAUUCAUCACAUACUUCAGCAUCGACUAUGAAAGAUAUUCAACAUUUAUUUAAAAAACAAGCUAAAAGUAUUUUUCCUCCUUUUCAAUCGUAUCCAACAGGUUUACAAUAUUUUAAUAUGCGUGUUACUCAACGUCUUCAUCGUUAUCGUUCAAUGAAAAGAAAAUGGCAAGAAGUAUCAACAUCAGUUCAAAAUAUUUCUGCUUUAUCAACAACAUGUGAUUCUCCAAUAUCUUUACCAGACAUAAUAGCAAUUACACAAGAUAUAGUAAAAAGUUCAACUAUUCCAACACAAAAAUUAGUUAGUGAAUUAAAACCUUAUUGUAUUAAUGAUUAUAUUAAUGAAAUAACAAUAGCAAAAGAUAAUAAUAACAAAAAUUCAAUUGAUCUUGAUCCAUUAAAUUCAAGAAUUCAACAAGAUUUAAUUAAAUUAAGAAAAUUAAUUAAAGUAAAACAAGGAAGAUUUAUUGAUAAGGGUUCUCUCAAAAUGCGUACAACUAGUCGAUCAUUAAGAGAAUCGGUAUUAAUACGUACGGCAUUUGAAGAUCAAGAAAAUACCAACAUAACGAACAUAAGAAGACCAUUUUCAUUAAAUAAACUUAAGCCACUUGAUCACGUGAAAAUCUUUGGUUCUCAACUGCAACAUUCAACACUUCCAAAAGGUGAUUCAACUGAUAGUGGAAUUGGUAGUACAAGUAAUUCAUCCAGUACCUGUUCACAAUAUUCGAAACAACAACAGCAACAAAAAAAAUUUAAGCCAAAAAAUAAUGAUAAAAUAUUUAAUAUUCAUCGUAGUCGAUUAAAUCCUCCACCUCUUCCUCUUCUUCCUUCGAAUUCGCUUACUUAUCGUGCAUCGCAGUUAUCAAUGAAAACAUCAAGAACAACAUUUAAAACAACAUCAAAUAUGCUCUCAAAACAAUCUUUAUCUUCUCAUCUACAGAUACCCAUAACAGAAGUAUCAACUGUAGUUACAAAAAGCCAAUCUGAUUCUAUUGAAGAAGAAUGUCCUUCACCAGUUAAUCAGCAUUUAUCUGAUAGUGAAGAAAUAGCAGCACGUUCUUAUACGUAUGCAGCACCAACUUCAUCAAUAACUCCACAUUCAACAAUGCUUAAACGAAAGGCAUCACUUUUACCAAUUCUUUUACAAUCAAGUUCUUGUAUAGGAAUGCAAACACGACAAGUUCGACCAAAAAAAAAUGAAUAUGAUUUAGAAGAAGAGCCAGAGGAGAAUGAUGAAGAGGAGGAGGAGGAGGAGGAAGAAGACGAUAGUUAUUAUUAUUUACUUGAUUACAAACAUUUAUUGAAUUGUUUACCAAAACCAGUUGUAUCCAUUCGAUCACAUCAUGGACAAGAUGAUUAUAGAAUUUUAUUUGAACAAUUAGAACAUAUUCGAGAGACAAUGCCCGAUUCAAAUAUUUAUAAUGAAUAUACAAGAAUUACUUAA